UUGUAAAAAAGAGAACAUCAGCCUAGUGGUUUAAAAUAUCGAAUGUUUAAAUUUUCUUAAAUGUUUAAAUCCACUGAGCGCAAUAAAGAUAUAUAAAGAAUAUGUUUAUUUUUAUUAAUCUUAUCAUUUAGUACAGCAAAAACUCAUCACAAUUUCUUAUUAAUUCGAUUGAUGUUUGGUUGCUAGGAUAUUUUAAAGAUUUCUAACAAUUCGAAAGUCGAAUUGAAGCCAGUAUUUCUCUAUAUUAUUACUUAUUAUUCUUGCUUUAAUUUGAUAUAGACAAAAUAUUUAAAGUGGUAUAACUAUGUCUAGCACAAUGUACGAUGAUCUUUGGAAAAACACGCAAAUUAUGUUAGACGAUGUUCUUGAAGUAGACACAACUUUGCAAAAUGCUAAACCUCAAAAGGAUCGUAAAAAAGCUCAUGAUAUAGUCUCAGAAUUAUACGUAAGAUAUAUAAUUAUCUGUAAUCAAUUGGAAUUGUGUUACGAUCAAAUAAUACAACCGCAAAAACGAGUAUUAAUAAAACAAUUGUUAGAUUCCUGUCUUGGAAGAAUUUUGGAACUAAAGCACGAAUUAGUGGAAAUAGAUCUUUCUGAAUAUAACUAUUUCGAUGAUAUUCUAAUAAAAUUGAAUGUUACACCGAAUGAAAUUGAAAUUCAAAUACCAAGAUAUUUUAAGCGGGAAAAUUUGAGAGAGAUAGAAGACAAACGAAAGUUCAUAGAAAAUACUCUAAGAAAUAUAGGUGCUUUAGAUGAAUUAGUAUCGUCGAAACAGAUGACUGAGUCUGAAGCUAUAAGACUUAUACAGGCUCACGAACGUGCAAGACAGGGUCGAAUAAGAUUUCAAUUUAUGAAAGAAAUUCGUCGGAUGAAAGAAAAAUCUAUGAUUAAAACGGAAGCUGAGGUACACGACGAAUUAAGUAAAACUGUGGCUAUAAUAAAAAUUCAGAAAGUUUGGAGAGGAUAUAUUACUAGACAAAAGAUUCGAAAAAAACGUCUGGAGGAGAUGUUAUUAAUUGGUAUGCUGCAACCAAGUCAAAUAGUUACUGAAAAUGCUAGGCAAGCUGAAAAAACCAGACAAGAGAGAUAUGAUAAACAAAUUAAAUAUCAACAGCUUUAUGAAAAUUUGAUGAUUGAAAUUAAGGAAAGAAUCCGUAAAGAACAAAGUGCUAUAAUAGAAGAAAAUAUAAGGAGUGAGGUUCGCAAAUGGUUAAACACAUACUUUCAGCAAACAGGAAAAAUUCCAGAUUUGCCACCUGUUGAAAGUGGUGGAUCUAGAAUUAUAUUUAGUAGACAGGGAACUGAAAGCACUAUUAGUAAAUCAACAGCAAUGUCAUCAAAGGAGUCUAAGAAAUCUAAAAAGUCAAAAUCAAAAAAGGAUAGCGAAGGUGAACAAUCAGAUGAAGAGACUGAACAAGGUUUUAAAUCGGUACCUUCCAAUUUUUUGUCAGAAUUGGUACAAGCCAGCCGAGAAUAUCAAGAAGUAUGGAAAAAUAAAGAUGAAUCUGUAAAUGUAGCUCAAUUUCCAUAUAUAAAUAUGAUAGAAAAUGAUAAAACUAAGGAAGUUGAAAAUGAAGUUCGAAUCACAGUAGAUCAAGAUCUUAGAGGUGAUAUAGAAGCCCUGCAAAAUGCAUUAGACAGAGACAAAGGUUUUAAAGGCAAACGUGCAAAAAAAACACAAAAACGAAUUCGCCGCAGUGGUAAGAAAAAUAAAAAAAGAAAAGAAAAAGAUCUCACUCCUGACAGAACAACAGAUUCAUUGUUUGAAGAGCUACUGACUCAAGGUAUCAUUAAACUUCAUAGAGAAAUUUCACUCCAUGAUUUCAAAGGAGAAAAGUCUUUUAUAAACUACAAUCUAAGAGAAAAAGGGAAAGAUCCUUUGCCAGCACUUGGAGAUAUAAGACAGUUAAUAGCUGAGUACUGUAUCCUUCCAUUGGGAAACAGUACCCUUAGAGAAUUGACACCUCUUGUAAGAUCAGUGUUAAUAGCUGGACCACAUGGUAGUGGAAAAAAAAUGUUAGUAAAUGCAAUUUGUACGGAACUCGGAGCUACUUUAUUUGAUAUUACACCUUCUAAUAUUGCUGGCAAAUAUCCUGGGAAAUCAGGCUUAAUUAUGCUUAUUCACUUAAUAUCAAAGAUGUCACGUUUACUGCAACCAUCAGUAAUAUUUAUAGAUGGUGCAGAAAAACCAUUUGUAAAAAAAGUUUCAAAGACUGACAAAACAGAUCCAAAGCGUUUAAAGAAAGAUCUUGUGAAAUUAGUAAAAAACAUUACAAAUGAAGAUAGAGUAAUACUAAUUGGAACUUCAAGUUCACCAUGGGAUGGAGAUCAAAAGCUUUUAUAUCAAACUUAUGAUAAAGUUAUAUACAUUCCUAGACCAGAUUAUGGAACUGUGUCUCUUAUAUGGAAAGAUUUAUUAUAUAAAUAUUCUGGAAUUAAUAGACAAUUUGAUACAUCUGUUAUGGCUAAAAUUUGCGACGGAUUUACUAUUGGAGCUAUAUUAACAUCGAUUAAAGAGGUAAUGACGACAAAGCGCAUAGUGCAAUUAAAAAUGCAUCCCUUGACGUACGGUGAAUUAAUAAAUGCAAUAAGCAUGAAAAACCCGAUUUAUUGCGAAGAGGAAGAUACAUUUUUAGCAUGGCUUGCAAAAACACCAAUAUAUCGUAAAAAGCAACGGGUGCAUGAAUUAGAGCUCCAAAAACUGGAAGAAGCAAGUGAAAAGCAAAAGAAAAAAGGAAAAAAACCGCCGCGAAUACAAUCGCUCGCUCAUUCUGAAAAAAAUACAUGAUUUGUAGAUAUUACGUUAUAGCGAAUAUUAUACAUAUAAAUUUUACACGAUAAUAUAUCUACGUCCUAUUAUGAAUUUUAUUCAUUAUUAUGUUAUAUAUAUCUUACAACGAAUCGCACGAAAUUUUUUUAAAACAUAUUAAAUAAAUUCAUUUGACUUAAUUUCUGACGUUGAUAUAUGAAUGCUCAUAAUAUUGCAUCUAAAACCAUUUUACGUAAGUAAUAUUGGACGUAGCGUGACCAUGUUUACGUUCAAGAUCAAAGUUCCAAGAAUCGGAAAAACAGUCUUUGUUUAAUUAAAAAAAAUUGCUUAUACAAAAGUUUGGCUGGAACGCUUACUGAUAAGAUACGUAUUUUAUGCUACUUAUUGUAGCCAUCAAUACUAUAUUUUCAAUAAAAAUAACAUUUCCAUA